UUUGUUCUCGUUAAAUUUUCAGCGAGGAAACUGUACAUUGACGCUCUGAGUUCAGGCAGGCAGCACUUAAGUGAAGGAAGGUGAGUUUUUACCACCGAGUGAGAGCUGUGUGACUUUCCUCUGAUGAAUUUUACAUGAAGGUUUUUAUGCUAAUUGAGCAAAUCCAGUGGUGUCAAUCAUUCGCGUUCUUCUCACGCACCGAAAGAUAUUGACACGUCUGUGCUUCAAAUUCAAAAGAUUUGUUGAGUGGCAGAUUGGAAACACGACCGCCAACCGAGCGUAACACUCUGUGAAAUAUAACAGCUAUCAUAUAGUGUUGUUGCUUUGAAACUGCGAGGUCGAAAAGUGGCCGAGCAGGGCUUUAUUUUGACCGUCGGUUAAGUAUAGAGUUGAGCAUUCCUAAUUCGUCACUCUAGCGCGGACAUCUUGGAUUUUUUAGUUUAUUCGUCGAGAGCUAGAUCUUUACUGCGUGAUGGAAGGAAAUGUGAUGAAUUCUGUCCAAGUUCCCAUGUUAUCGGGUCAGCAAGCUGCACUGGAGCAGAUGAAACCUCCUGAAGAAGGCCCGGACGGUCGUAAGCAGGACAUCGGUGAUAUUUUGCAGCAAAUUAUGAACAUCACAGAUCAGUCUCUGGACGAAGCGCAAGCGAGGUGAGUGAAAUCGAACACAUUGUUGAUUUCGUUUCUUCGAAAUUCUUCCGAUACUACGCUUAACUUUGCAGUGACGCACACUUGUUCAGUUCCCUCUUAUGUAUACUAAUAACUGUCGAUCUUUUGACUGCAUGCCUUUUGGCUUAUCAUAUGAUAAUGCAUUGUUUUCCCAUCACAUAUCCAUUUAGGAAACAUGCUCUGAACUGCCAUCGAAUGAAGCCCGCCCUUUUCAACGUCCUCUGUGAGAUCAAGGAAAAAACAGGUUAGUAAUGACAGCUUUUAACCCUACCACGUGUUUAUUUUCUUCAAACGCUUGAACCAACAUGAGACUUGCGGCUCAUUCUUCUUCCUCAAUCAGAUCUGGUGGUAUUCAAUAAAUCCUUCGAAAUUUUUGUCAAGUUCGUAGACAGAACGAUUCAUUUAUCAUCUCUCGAAACGUUCUCUGACUUUAAAUCGUCAGGUUGCAGGCCUUAAGUCAAGGAUGCGUCCUUCUGAUUUGAUAUCAUUAAACGGUCACAUUUUUCUUUUAUUAACGACAGAUUUUUUUUUUCGUCAAGAUUAUUCACCCGGUCGUUAUUGUGUUAAAGCUUAUCAACAAAGACUUCUGCGACGUGAGCGCAUACAAGUCGUAAGUUAGUUUGUGAGACAACAAAUUUUUAUCAGCGGAAGGUUGAUAUAUUAAUCACUCGUUUAAAUGUGUUUGAUUUCGAAGCAAAGGCCUCUAUCAAGAUAAAUUUCCUUACUCUCAACUAUUUUUUUUUCGGCUUCGUUUUUCGCUUGAUUGCUCGUUCGUUGCGGUUAAAGUGAAAAGUAGUGAUUUCGGAUAUCAUAGGGUGUUUAUACUGUAGUGUGAGCAUAAUGGAUUGUUGGUGCGAAUGUUUAUUGUUUGUCUACGGUCUCCCUUUUAGGCAAACAAUGGUAGCCAACUACACAAAGAAAAUACCUUUGUUUUGUUAUUCGAUAAUUCGGCAAAGUCUCUCUUUAGUGAUAUGAAUGUUACAUGGUUUCUCUAUAAUUUAGUUACACUCAAGAACCAUGGAAUAUCCAGUAUCUGCUGUGUAUCGUACUUUGAGAAUUUUGUAACUAUCUCUUUAUAACCGCUCUAUUAUGUAAGAAACUGAAUCAAUUUGCAAUUGUUAUCAACUGAGAGAGCAGUGUCCGUUUUUGAUACCUACUUUUUUAAAAAACAAAUUCCGAUAAUUUCUUCUCACUACAUGAGUGUGACUCUGAGAACAAACUGCAAAUUUUAGGAUUCAAAAUUCAACCUAGCACGACUCAGUUCAGUAUGACUUAAGAAUUACUUCGUGUGCGUGCAUAAAAAAUAUCUUUUUUUUUUAUGUAAACCUGUGUUAGCCUGAUUAAGAUUAUUCACAUUUUGGUAAACUCCUUGAAUGUUGUUAAAAGUCCCGUUCACUGGUAACUGGAAUUACAGGAUUACGGUCUUGCAUAAGAGUUUUACAGGUCACAGAAGACCUGGAAAGUCAUGAAAUUUUAAACCAUUUACUAUAUUUAGAAGGUCAAAGAAUUCCAAUAUGAGUCAGAGAAAGACAUGGAAUAUGAGAGAAAAUAUGUUCUUGAAAGCAAAAAAGCGUACGAAAUUCUGUAAAUGGAGGCUUGUUUUUUAUCUUAAUUUAAGGAUACAGUGGACCUUCAAGGGCUUUUUUUUACUUUUAUGGGUCAAACUAAGCAUUACUACUUUACUAGAGCUUCCAAAAAAAGUUUGUAACAUUGGAACACAUGUAAGUUAUUAACGAAAAUCUAAUGUUGAACUGAAUUCUUCAGUCUUCUUAAGUGUGAAUAACUAAUUAUAACAUGUCAACAUUGCAGCAAAACAUUCUGGUUCUUGAUUAUAAUGGUGAAGAGGUCUCCUGAUUUCUGUUGCAUGUGGUGAUCUUUUUUAUUGGUUGGUAUAAAAAAAUCGAGACUGUGAAUUGUUGUCCUCGAGCAAUGGCCUCCAAUGUAUUGCACAUUGGAAAACUUUUUAUAAGCAGACUUGACAGAAAAAUCUUAAAGCAGCCAAUUGAAAUAUUAUAAAAUCCCUUCAUGGUUUCCAUAACCAUUUCCCCAGGAUUGAAAUGGUAAAGAAGUUUCUUUUGUGUGGUCAGAUUUGAUGCCCAAUUAAUAAGUAUAUAUGAAGCAUAUUCAGUUUAAACUUUUUGUGCUCCAGCUAAUUUAUAAUUAGAUCAAGGUAAAAGAAAAAGUUUUCCUAGGAAGAAUAUUACAUACCCUCUCCACUGAUAUUAAGUUUAUGGUGUAAAUACUUCAAAUACCAACAUUUUCCAUAAAGAAAACCCGUGAAGCUUUACUGUAUCCUUGAAAACAAACAAUUUAAUCUCCAGUUGCAUACAGAUAGGAACAUAAAACUUACCCAAAAGGUCAUGGAAACUCAUGGAAUGCUUGUGCAAGUAAAAAAAUUAGAGUACCUGUUUAUUUUGUGAGGAAUAAUUUACAUCUGAGUUGUUCUUUUGUGUGCGCAUGUCUUGAAAAAACUAAGGUUUGGCACCUUUAAAUUUUUUUUAAGAUGGAAUUACCGGUGUUAUAAAUUUAUUCUCUAAUUACCAAAAUAAAAUAAAACUAUUCUGUGUUUUUGUUGAGUUAUCUUUUAUUACUUCCUUGCUCCUGCACAGCAUGAAUAUUUUACAUUAUUGCCUUCAUUAUAAUGUUACACAUAAUAUUAUGAUCCCAGGAUCAGUCAUGCUUCAUUAGAAAAAGAACAUGAAACAAAAAUUGAUGAAAGUAGCUCAGAAGGUCUUAAUCCUUCAACUCCCAUCGGUGACCAAGACAGAAUUCCUUCUUACAGUAUCAAUACAAUAUCAAGCAGAAAAGUAAUGCGAAUGAAGAAAAAUAUUAAUAAGGGGAUUGUCAGGCAAUACAAUUCCAAAUUCUUUGUACUAAACUCAUAAGAGGUUUGUGACAGACAGUAAGGAGAAUUGCUAAUGAGAUCUUGUGAGUGAAAGGUCAUCAAGGUCUCAAUUACUGUUACAUUUUUCUUCAACAGUGUUGAGUAUCCGGGGAUCUCAAGAAGAUGAACCUCCUGAUCCUCAGCUGAUGAGACUUGAUAACAUGCUCCUUGCAGAGGGUGUGGCAGGGCCCGAGAAGGGAGGUGGGUCAGCUGCAGCCGCAGCAGCAGCAGCAGGGGUUCAUGAAAAUCAAGCUGAGCAUACAGAGUACAGAGCCAAGUUAAACCAGAUCAGACAGAUAUAUCAUACUGAACUGGAAAAAUAUGAGCAGGUACAGUGCACUUAACAAAGGACACUCUUUGGAUUGAUUGUGGUAAAACUAAAUCACAAUAACAGUCAGAGUUUCUUAUCGGAUAGAACAUUUGAAAACAAGUGUUACAUUGUAAAUCCUCGUGAUUUCUAUUGGUUCUCUGAUUAGCACUUUUAUUUGAUUUAUUUCAAAUGUUUUAUUUGGGUAAUAGCCUUUGCUAAAUUUGAUUUUUCCUCUUUUAGGCUUGCAAUGAAUUUACCACCCAUGUUAUGAAUCUCUUGAGAGAACAGUCAAGAACGCGACCCAUUUCGCCCAAAGAAAUAGAACGUAUGGUGAACAUCAUUCAUCGUAAGUUUAGUGCAAUUCAGAUGCAGCUGAAGCAGAGUACUUGUGAAGCUGUGAUGAUUUUGAGGUCAAGAUUCCUGGAUGCAAGGUAAUCCUGAGCAGUAAAUAUUUUAUUCACAAACUAUUUUUCCCAUAAAGUGUGAUGGCUUCCAUUUUUUCACAAUAAAGUUUCAGUAUACUAUCUAGGCUUUGGAUACAGCAUUUGGCCUGUAUAGAAAAAGAACUAUAGAAUUAUUUUGUGAAGUUUCAUAUUUACUUUUGCUGAAAAGGAUUCUAAACCAUUCUUUUACAGGGUGUGAAAUUAACUUUUUUUUCUGAUAGCCACUUGGCUCCUAAAUUCUUCGAAGUGGUAGCCAAUUCAAAAAAAGUUGGUCGCCAUUUUCAAAGACAAACAAACCCUUUUUUUAUGCUGUCAACGUUCUAGAUAGACCCUCCAAAAUUAAUUCAGGGAAAAGAUCUCUAACGUUCUACAAAGUGGACACUAGGUUGGAUGAUAUACAAUGUUCAAGCUCACCUAAAUCCAAGAUGGCAUCUAGUUAUCGAUUGAGAUGCGUGUGCUGAAUUUUGGAAACAAACUUAACAAGGAAGUUUGCCGUGGAUUUAUCUUUGCAAAUUUUUUUGAUUCACUAUAUCUCUUGGUAAGGUUGUGAUGAAACAUUCUAAUCACCAAUUUGGCAACUAAUUUUCAAGAUUUGGUCGCCAAUGUGAACAAUUUAGUCGCAUUGGCGCCUGUAUUAGGCGCAAUUUCGCGCCCUGUUUUAUCCUAAUUGUCUACUGAUCACUAAUGGUGACAUAGAACCUCUUAAACACCAUCAGCAGAAUUAAUACCCCAAUUUUUUUGCCUUUUCAGGAGAAAAAGGAGAAACUUCAGUAAGCAGGCCACAGAAAUUUUGAAUGAAUACUUUUAUUCUCACUUGAGUAAUCCAUAUCCAAGUGAGGAAGCAAAGGAAGAACUAGCCAGAAAGUGUGGCAUUAGUGUUGCUCAGGUAAGGUAUUACAUGAACUGGUGAUACUCUAGUGGAUGUUGACCUACAUUUAAUGGUAAUUAGUACAGGCUUAGGUUAUCAAGGCAAGUAGAUUAUCAGAAUUUGUAAAAACCAAGUAAAAAGUUAAUUUGGCAAGUUUCAUUACCAAAUGAUUGAAUUUGCUGUAACUUCUGUUCCAUGUAGAUAUCAAACUGGUUUGGCAAUAAAAGAAUUAGGUAUAAGAAAAACAUUGGAAAAGCUCAAGAAGAGGCUAACAUGUAUGCUGCUAAAGCUGCCUCUGGUGGUGGUCCAGCAGGUCAAGUCCAAGGACAACCUGGGGUGCCGCCCUCUGCUCAAGGUUUGUGUUAGUUGUCUGAUAAUUUUUGCUUUUUGAAGAGCUCCUUAACCCUUUCACUCCCACAAGUGACCAAGACAAAAUUUCCCCUUACAAUAUCAACACAAUAUCAAGCAGGUAGGUGAUGAGAAUAGAGAAGAAUAUCAAUUAUGGGAUUAUUACUGUAGUUGAUACAAUUACCAAAUUCUCUGAACUAACAUCAUAAGAAUUGUAUGGCAGAUAGUAAGGAGAAUUACCAAUGAGAUCUUAGGAGUGAAAGGGUUAAUGCUGUUAGGCUGGUGUGCAUCUAUCCAUUGGUGGACAGAGGGUUCAUGGUAACUCUCUAACUCUAAGAGUGAUCAGCAACUAAUUUCUCCUUACAUUAAUACCGCUGAAUCAUUAGGAUCUUGAGAUUAGAGGAGAUUAUUGCUUCCUAAGAAGCUUUGAUUGUUAAACAAAUUCUCCUUGUCAAUACCAAAGAAAACAAAUAGAGAAAAGUAUGAAGAAUACCAAGUUUGGACGCUGAUGUGAGGGUGUAAAGCGUUAAAGUUUGUAUGAGUUUAGUUCAGGGAAUGUGCCAGAUGACAUUUUAGAACCCCUCACUCCCAAGAUAAAAAUUUCAAUUUCAACCAUUAAAUCUUCUGUUGGAUACUGGAUUGGUCAGCAUUGAAAACUCAGUCUGUGUAUGCAGAGAAAAAUUUUAAAAAAAAAUUAUGUUGGCCUCACAUUUCCCCACAAAUUUUAGGACAAUACCCUGGGAGUGCUGUAGCAGGGAGUCCAACAGGCGUGGUGCCAUCCUCACAGCAUCAAAUGCCAGUUACUAGUCAGCCUCAGCCAGACAUGUAUGGUGUUCAGAUGAAUGGCAGUGGCAUGAGUGCAGAAUAUCAGACUGGAUCUAAUGUUGGUGCUAAUGUCCAGUCUCAGGUCAGUUGUAGUGAAAGUCGGUUGAGCCCUGAGGCUGAGCCAUAUGGUUUAUAAGUGUAUAAAAUUUAACCCCCAUGUAAUUUGAGAUGAGUGUAUAAUCUACCUUGGAAGGGUGAUGUGCAUUUUUAAACUACAGUUCUUGAUUUCAUUUACCUCGGAGUGAUUCAUGCAAUUUCUUCCAAAAUUUAAGCACACUACCACACUACUCUCUAAAUUACAUUUAGAUAUACAUAAUGGUAAUAGAACUGAGUGGAGUCCAAUUUGGUCUGUGAUCAUAUGAGUGACUGACGAAAUUGGAUGACCGCAAAGCAGGAGUACAAUUUGUUGAUCAUGAGUAUGAUUACAGAAGGAAUUGGACAACACAAAGUCCUGUUACCAAUGAAUCAAAACUAUGCCAAAUUUGAGAUAGAAACUAUACAUUGAUUAUGUGUUCUUUUCAUUAAAAAACAAUGGUUAACUUAGCAAAAUACAUGACACCAGCAUGCCCACAUGAUGAACACUGUUCACUUACACAGGCAUGAUGUGGCAAACGUCUUAUUACACUGUCCAAUUACAAACAUGAUGUGUACAUUGUCUUAUUAGUUCUUAAAUUGGGUGGUGAUACUCAAUCACGUUUGAGAAUUUUGUUAAAGUUUUGAUUAACCUUGUAAUCAACUGUUAUUGCAUUGCGACAUGAGCCCCUAAUUAACCUUUAAUUGGGUUUUUUAUACCAUAUGGGUGUUUGCUUCUUACUGCAUAAUGCUUAUGCUAAUAGUGAUUGUUGGAAUGAUCAUAAAGGAACCAUUCUGAUAUUUAUUUUUAUCACUUAAGGUGCCAGGUUUGCGACAUGUGAUUUCCCAGGCUGCCACAGGUUAUGGUAUUGAUCCAGCCACAGGACACAUGCAACCUCAUGGGCAGAGUCAGGUCUAUCAUGAUUCUCAUCAUCUUCAUCAUCAAGUAAGAAAAGUAUAAACAGUUAUAAAAGUAUUCCUUGUUAGCAACUUAAGAUUUAUAUAAACAAUAGUAUGAGGAAUGUGCCUAGUGAUGUUAGAGUGUAAAAGGUUAAUUAAACAGUCUUUAAUUUAUCUUCUCUUGUUUACCAGGCAAGAGGGUUCAAUGAACUGUUUGACUCAAUAAAUGUGUGGGCUGGAAAGGCAGGAUCUGCUAAGGUAUGGCCACAUUACAACAUACAGUUAACAGUAAACCAUUCUGGGACAUAUUUAAGUAACUUUUUUUUGCUAGACAUUGAUAGUAGAUUCAGUAGCUUCUAAUAACAACCCUGCCUGUAAUGCUUGGCUUAAUUUUUCCACUAUCUCGUGUAGUUUUCAUUGUUACAUGUAAGUAAUGAGGUGCCAGUACAGUUUUGCAUAUAGAUUUCAGUACAAUGCCUCUAGAUCUUCCCAACUUGGUGUAAUCAGACUUUUAUCAUUGCAGAGUGGAGAACAAAGAAAGAGAGGGCAGAAUGGCAAAGCAGGUAUGGUGAAAAUGAUCUGCAAAGUGGCAGGAAACAGCUCCUUAAUUAGUGGAUAGUAGCUGGAGAAUUCUCUGAUUGCUACAUAAUGAACUUCCUGAUUAUUUACAAUUAUUUAAUUUUCAAAUCAGAUUAUUGCAUCUCUAGUGUUCUGAUUGGUUCACACAACUCCGGCUAUCAGCUCAUAUUCUGAGUCACCUUAUAUGGAAAUGCAUUGAGCCAACUGUUGCAAAGCUGAAAAAAGGCUCCAAAUAUCCAAAUGUUCAGGAUUCAAUGGAUUUUAAUAUAAGUUAUUUUAUUCCAAUAUGUUGGAUAUGGUGCAGUAGCUAAGUUGGCUCUUCACACCUCAUUGGCUAUUUAUCAUAUCAUAUCAUAUCCAAUACAAAAUCAUGGAAUAAUUUUUAAAUAUUGGUUGGCUAAAUGUACUUUUCACUAAUGUCUUAGGAAGUCGCAGUAACACCCCUUCAGAUUCCAUACCAGGCUCUCAAGAGGACAAAGAUGAGCAGGGAGGCCCAGAAUUCUCUAGUUUACAGGGGCUGACUGAAAUGACUAAUGCUGACUUUGAUUCACGCGGAAGUGAACGAUCCAGGGAUGAACCCCCAUCAAAGAGGACUAAGAUGUGAGAAAUACUGGAUGGAUGGAAAUGAGGUGGAUUUUGCUGGAUGGCUGUGGUUUGUGUUCAAGAAAACUGGAAUGGACACUAGUGAAUUAUUUGAGGAUUGUAGGAAGUUGUGUGCUGAAAGAUUGAUUUAGGAAGGUGUGCCUCAGUACAUGUAGGUAAAAAUGACUUAAAGACGCCUUGAUACACAUUGGACAUGACGUUUAAUUCUCAGCUCAGUUCAUGGUGUUGAUGUAUGAAAAGCAUGCUAGUGUGUUUACAGUUUUGGUGCUAUAACUUUUGUCAAGAAAAAUGCUAGCUCUUUUCGUUUCACAAUGUGACAGCAAACAACAGAAUGGCUGCAUUUACAUGGCUAUAGUACCAUCAGUGUAAAUUUGGGAAUGAGAGUUAACUGACAUGAUUGUGAUUUUAACAAAUCCAAUUCAAAAUGUAAUAAAAAUGGUAGUAUCUACUCUAAUAUAUGAUCGCAGGCUUGACUAUAACAAUUACAAGUGAUUUAGAAAGCUCUAUUGAAAGGUAUUGUAAAGUAUUAGUUCGUAUAAAUCAUCAGUAUCAUCAGUAUUAGCAUUAGCAAGUGUUACUUUCUCAUCAUGCUUCCAAAAAAACUUACAAAAUGGCUUUUAUGCCUUAGAAAAAAAAACUGGAUUGUGUAGAGUAUUAUUCAAACGGCUUGUACUGUUCUUGACUAUUGUUGAUGUUGGCAAAGAUGCUUGCUUCUUGGUGUAAGUGCUUUGUGAUCAA